AUGGGACAUCGCAUGGGACAUCUUUUGGUCCGUGUUGCACUUUUUAUAUGUGCCAUAGGAGUGACACGAACUCAGAAUGCUGAUGGUUUGGAUCAGAAACACAAUCCCGACAACAUCAGCUCGGCGUCUCAAAGUGACGCCAACCUGGACAACAUGUUCACAUCCCUGGAGUCGCCAAUCUUCGCCUUUGAGAAGGAACUGGACGAUGCCAUCAGACGUCUCGGUCUGGACGACCAAACCUUUUUUGAAACAGGCGUUGAUUUCUUCGGCGGAUCUUCUGCUAUCGCCCUUCAUUCGAUGGUAAUCAACACCAAGGCCGAGGCUGUGAGACUCGGCAUCACAGAGAGACAAAGGAUAUACGCCAUUAAAGCUGUCUCCAACAGCCCCACUUUUGUCAACUCGAGUCGGUCUGAUGUCCUCUCGGAACUGCGGGAUUUCUUUUCGGAGAGCGAUUCUGACUUCAGAGACUUUUUCCAAGACGUGGGAAAAUGUCCGACCGACGAGGUGGUCACGUGUGACCCGAAGUCUCGUUUCCGUGAAUCUGACGGGAGUUGCAAUAACUUCAAGCAUCCAAGAUGGGGGAAGUCCUUCACCCCUUUCAGAAGGUUCAUGCCUCCACAAUACGAUGAUGGUGUGUCAAAGCCACGGGCCCGUGGACGAGAUGGUUCUCCCCUCCCGAACCCUCGCCUCGUGAGUCACACCCUCCACGCCAGUGACGAGAACGUCCCCGAUUCCCCAUCCAUGAGUCACAUUGUGAUGCAGUGGGGUCAGUUUGUUGACCACGACAUCACCAGUACACCAAUACACACUGGGCUGAAUGGUUCCAUUGUCAGAUGUUGUAUUGAUGACCUCCCGCCAGGCACCUCCGCAGACAUUGUCAAAAAGAUCGCAGACAGGGAUGUCUGUUUUCCCAUCCCCAUUCCGCCCAACGACCCCAAGUUCCGGAACAGGACGUGCCUCAACUUCGUACGCUCCAUACAGGUUGUUAAUGCCGACUGCCAGUUUGAACCGGUGGAGCAGUUGAACCAGAUCACCGCCUUCAUCGACGGGUCUCAGGUGUAUGGAUCUACAAGGAAAGAACAAGAUCAACUCAGACUGCAUCACAAAGGCCUGUUCAAGGUUCACGAUCUGCAGCUUCUGCCAGAAUCAAAGAUGAAAAACUGCAUUCCUGACAAACCACAGCACUUCUGCUUCCUGGCAGGCGAUGAGCGAGUUAAUGAACAAAUGGGGCUGACCAGCCUUCAUACAAUAUGGAUGAGAGAACACAACCGAAUCUGCCGUAUCCUGAACCGACUUAACCCUCACUGGGGAGAUGAGCGGAUCUUCCAGGAAGCUAGGAAGAUCAUUGGAGCUAUGAUCCAGAAGAUCACAUAUGAUGAGUUUCUCCCAGUCCUCCUCAACAAGCCCACCACAAAAUACUUCAACCUUGACUCAAGCCAGUGGGGGUAUCACAACGUCUACAAAGACAACACUGACCCCAGCAUCAGAAGCGCUUUUGCAACCGCAGCCUAUCGUCUAGGACAUACUCUCAUCCGCGGGACGUUCUCCGAGCUGGCGUCACCCUUCUCGAUAUCUGGACAAGCGACCUUGAAAUCUCUGUUCGGAAACACGUCUUUCAUCUUGGACACAAGAGGUCAGUCCAUCCCGUGGCUGAUUGGCGGGAUGACCAGGGAUCACUCCAGAACGUUUGACCGUUUCAUCACACCGGAUGUGACAGAUAACUUGUUCUUGGACAAGGAUGGUAACAGUCUGGACUUGGCAUCCCUGAACAUCCAGAGAGGGCGGGAUCAUGGUCUGCCAGGAUACAACGCCUGGAGGAGAUGGUGCAAGCUGCCUGAGGCUGACCAUUUUGGAACCGGAAGUGGUGGACUUAUAGAUCAUCCACCAGAUUCUGCUCAAAUACUCGGGACUUUGUACAGUCACCCUGACGACAUCGACCUAUUCCCCGGUGCCAUCAGUGAACGCCCCCUCCCUGGAGGUGUGGUCGGACCAACUGUUGCAUGCAUCAUUGGCACUCAGUUCCAGCUCCUCAAAGAAGGGGACAGGUUUUGGUACGAGACAGGGUUGGAGCCAGUCCGCUUCUCUAUAGGUCAGCUCCACUCUCUCCGCUCUGCCUCUCUGGCCAGGGUGAUCUGUGACAAUGCAUACAUGCCUCUCAUCCAGCCCAGCGCUUUCAGAGUGCCGGACUUCAUCCACAACCCACUGGUCCGAUGCACAGACCUACCAGAGCUUGACCUGACCUACUGGAGGGAAGUCCGUCCUCUCUGGACCAUGUGGUCUAUGUGGUCACCGUGCAUCAACGGCAUGCAGCAUCGUCAACGGAAGUGCAUCUUCGGAUACAGCAAAUGUAUGGGUCCCGACAUGGAGCAGAGGUCGUGCACAAUGUUCCCACACAUGUCCUUCGGGACAUGGAUGCUGUGGUCAAGCUGGUCACCUUGUACGAACAACCUUCGACAGAGGCGCAGAGUGUGCGUGCGGAGCUUCAUCCCCGUCCACACGUGUAUUGGGGAUACAGCAGAGAUGAUGGGGUGUGGUCAGCACCACAAGUUAUGCCCGUUCUCCGAGUACAACGUAGCGCAGCAGGCUUGUCUGAGACAAUUUUCAGUUCGAAAGAACUUCGGUUGA